UGCUCCAAAUUUAUAUAUAUAUAUAUAUAUAUAUCUAUUCUGAGAGAAGUCGUGAGAAAAGACCAAACACCAUCGACCACAGAGAAUUGAUUGAGGAAAGAUGUCGGAAUCUCAUCCGAUGAACGGCGGAGACGGCACUUACAGUUACACCAAAAACUCCUACUUACAGAAAGCAGCUACAAAUAAUGCCAAGGCAAUGAUGGAUGAUGCAAUUGCAGAGAAGCUUGAUGUUACUUCAGAUCGCACAUUUCGAAUUGCAGAUUUGGGAUGUUCAGUUGGACCAAACACUUUGUUUGUGGUGCAGAAUAUAAUAGAUGCUGUUCAACACAAAUACCAAUUAUCCGAAUUCCAAGUGUUUUUCAAUGACCAUGCCUCCAAUGAUUUCAACACCCUCUUUGCCUCUCUCCCACCCAAGAGGCCAUACUUUGCAGCCGGCGUGCCGGGGUCUUUCCACGGCCGGUUAUUCCCGGAAUCCUCCCUGCACUUUGUGCAUUCAUCAUAUGCACUCCAAUGGCUGUCCAAGGUGCCAGAAGAGUUGCUGAACAAGAAGUCUGCAUCAUGGAACAAAGGGAGGGUUCACUACACAAGUGCCCCAGAUGAAGUAGCUCAUGCUUAUGCAGCCCAAUUUGCUGAGGACAUGACAAUGUUUUUAGAUGCUAGAGCUAAAGAGGUUGCGGUGGGGGGACUCAUGGUGCUUCUCAUGCCAGCCACCCCAAAUGGGAUCCCUCAUUCUAGUGCACCAUCAGGAUUGAUGUUUGAUCUCCUGGGGUUUAGCUUGAUGGAUAUGGCCAAGGAGGGAUUAAUAAGUGAAGCUCAGGUGGACUCCUUCAACUUGCCUUUGUAUGCUCCCUCGCCCAAGGAGAUGACAGAGCUUGUGAAAAGAAAUGGGUUUUUCAGCAUCGAGAGAAUGGAGAUGACAACCCCUCUAUCAAGCAUUGAUGGCCCAAUCAGUGGGCAGGCAUGCACGAUGCACUUGAGAGCUGGCCUGGAGGGCAUAAUCAGCAAACAUUUUGGAGUUGAGAUUAUCGAUCAACUGUUUCAUCGAUUCCAUAAGAAAACUGAAGAGUUUUCCGCCCCACUGGAGUCUUCAUCCAAAGAAAAAACUCAGAUCUUUGUUGCUUUAAAACACCUAUGAUGUUUCGUCCAUUGAAGCAAACAUAAUUUGCUUGUGUUUUUCCUUUUUGCAACGCUAGUUAUGUUAAUGUCUAAAGAAACUUAAAUCAUAAGCUGCUAAUGUUAUUAAGUCAAAUUCAGGUGAAUUUUAAUUCAAUCACUUCACUUUUUGUUUCAAA